AUGGCUGACGACAAGAAAGCCGAGACUAAGGAGAAGAAGCUCGCCAACCCUAUGCGCGAGCUCAAGAUCCAGAAGCUCUGUCUUAACAUCUGUGUUGGAGAAUCUGGUGACAGGCUUACCCGUGCCGCUAAGGUAUUUUGUUUGUUUUUGUUUGAUUUACUUCUGGGUUUAGGUAUUGGAACAACUGACCGGUCAAACUCCAGUCUUCUCAAAGGCCAGAUACACCGUGAGAUCUUUCGGUAUCCGUCGUAAUGAAAAGAUCGCUGUCCACUGCACCGUUCGUGGCCCAAAGGCUGAGGAGAUCAUCGACCGUGGUCUUAAGGCAAGUUGAUUUUUUACUACUUUUCAAAAUUAGCAAGGAUAAUUUUUGUGUAAAAAUAGUUUUCUAUAGGAACUUUUGAUUAAAUGGGCUAGAUGCUUUAUAACGUUUAGAUUUUUUUCAUUGGGAGUAAUUUUUUGACGUAAUACCGUGCACACUUCAUGUUUCAACGCGAAGAGACGUACUUUGUGAACUUAUAUUUCUGUUUUUAGGUAAAGGAAUACGAAUUGUACCGUGAGAAUUUCUCCAACACCGGUAGCUUCGGAUUCGGUAUUCAAGAACACAUCGAUUUGGGAUUGAAAUACGACCCAAGCAUUGGUAUUUAUGGUAUGGACUUCUACGUCGUGCUUGACCGUGCUGGAAGACGUGUUGCCAAGCGCAGACGCGCCAAGGGAACCGUUGGAAACUCUCACCGUGUACACAGAGAAGAAUCGAUCAAAUGGUUCCAACAAAAGGUAAUUUUACGACACAAUACGAGCUACAUCUUCAUUUUUAUGACAAAUCUUGUAAAUGUAAAAAGAAACUUUAAUAAUAUUCAACAAUAUUGUGGAACUCCCGUAUAACGAAUUUCUCGAGGAUUUUAAUAUUUUACGUUGUACAGCAGUUUGUUAUACAGGAGUUCCAAUGUGUAAAAACACGAAACUGUUUUUAACAGUUUGUUGUUUUGGAUAUGAAAAUAAUAUUUUUUGUUAUUUUUAGUUCGACGGAGUCAUCCUUCCACCCAAACCCAAGGAAGCUCGCAGAAACCAAUACCGCAAGAGAAAGUGA